GGUGAAAGGUCAUCUAAAGGUCAAAAUAUCAUAUUGCAUAUUUUAGUGAUCGCAAAAUCAGGAGAGAUUGCUGGUUCACGAACCACCUUGUAUAAAACUUUCACCUACAUGUACGUGUAUGUACUACACAGAGGUUUUUUUUAAUUUAUUUUUAAUUUUCUUUCCAAACAAUUUCCUAAUUGUGUUGGAUCGUCUUUGAGAAAUUCCCUCCAAGAUUCCAACAAAACUACUCCCCUGUAUUCUUAUUUUUUCCAUCUUGUUCUAUAUACUGUCGAUCAGGCAGGUGCUUGGGAAGAUAGAGUCUUUAUUGGGGAAGCAGAGCCAUUGGUCUGUAACAGAUCCACUCAUAGAAGCUAGCAACAAGUUGAGAGAACAGGUCCUACAAUUCUUCUUCUAUGUACAUUCUUUCAUUCAAAGGUAUUUGGCUACAUCCAGGUUAGUCUCUUCUCAAGACUUCAAUGUGGUGCCAUCUCUGUAUAGUCAGCAAGUGGAAGGUUUUCCACUAAGACUAGCAACUGAACUAGUUAAUGUAUCUAUGUUUAUUGGGAGGCUGAAUGAACUCUCCUCGUCAAGGCAGUAUGUCACUUCUCGUGAUAGACAGGCGUCACAUGAUCAUCUUCUUCUUCAUUGUCAUCUGGAUGUCAGGUGGUACCUCAUACAAGUUCUUCAUCAUCUACAUGUUUCCACCGCAGGUUCUUCUCAUGAGAUUGAAAUAGUUGAUUGUUUGAACAAGCAAGUUGAUAGAUUAAUGCAAGAUCUUCUCACCACUGCUACAAUACGUUACAAUCAGCUAUCUUUGAAUGAAGUCCAUCAGACGUCUCUUUUCCCAUGUAACUGUUUAAAGGAGUUGUGGAUCCUUCUCAUCCACCUACUCGAUCACAGACAUAUGAAUAACUCUGCUACGUCAUUUUGGGGAAUCAUUCAUCAACUGUUAUCGCCUAUUCUAGAGAAUGUGGAUGGCCAGUCUAAAGGAGGUGCGACAGCCAAGGAUCCCGAAGGUUUGUGUUUCUGGAUACUUCAACAAUUAGCUUCUCUCUAUCAGUACGACAAGACGGGACAGGAAAUUGGCCAGCCCAUUGCAAGGAGCCAUUGGUACUUGGUAGAAGAUAUUCUCAAGAAAGUCUUGUCAAAGGAUGCAGGGACUGCGGAGGCAUCGCUCCAGUCAUACCUGAGGCAUUUUCUGGUCCUGUGCCACCUUUGGGAACCACAUAGCAAGAUUCUUAUUACCCUUUGGGAUCAUUUCUACAGGAAACUGAAUCACCGCCUCACUGCUCCCGGGCAAGGCAUCCAGGGCCUAGCAACCAUCAGUAAGUCAGCACUAGCUUGGUUUCAGACCUGCAAGAAGCGUUGUGAUGAUCAUAAUGCAAGUGGUGGACAGGAGACAAGUUUUCAUCUCUUCCUGCGGAUCUUGGCCUGUAAGAUGAAGAAAUGGAAUGUUGCUAACAACACUCAGGCAUGGAAGCAAUUUCAAGGAAGGUUAUAUUCCAAGUUUCACAGUCGUACUAUGCAAGAGCUUGGUGAUACUGGUCUGCAACAUUUCUUUGACCUUUUCUUGACCCUUGCCCUCAUGGUUGACCUUUCAUCUUUGACAAUGAGAGUACUUGACUUUGUAGAUCUGGUUCCUGUGAGCAACGUGAACAUCAGCAGACGGCUCUUAAUUUGGAGAGGAUUACUUGCACUGUGUUUGAUCCAUGAAGAACGCCAGUUUGAUCUCGAGCUUGUCGCUGAUAAACUGAUGAUUUCCUUCAAUACUGUUGUGAGGGCAUACAAUCAGAUUAAGAGUGAUCCACUAAGGAAGUCAGACUACUGGAGUCUUAUCGUCUGCUACCUUGAAGGAGUUCAAGAAGUCAUUGAUUCCAGUAACCUUCUCAAUCUCUCAGAGGACAAGUUCAUUGCUAGUGGUCUUGGAGAACUGUUAUCAUCAUCAGGGGACCAAGAAAUCAGAUCGGUUCUUAUGUUUGUGCAAACUACUAUGGCAAGACAUAGAAGCCUUUAUAAACAGCUUACCAACCAAGCAGCAAAUGAUAAAACAUCGGGUCCAUUGAUGACAAAGUACAAAGUAAUGUCUGAUGCCCUAUGGAGUCACAUCUAUCCAUUCGUGAAGCAGCAUUCCACCACUCUGACCCCGCCCUCACAGCUUGCUGAUGUAGCUGCUGGAUUCACUCUUCUUGCAGCUGAUAUACCAUCAGGAUGUGGACCUGAGACCCCGGUGUGGAAUCUCUUCCAGUAUUUUGGUUUGCAAACCAACAAGGUUAAUCCAAGCAUCCGGACCCGAUACCUGUGCCACCUUCUCCCUAACCAAGCCUUCCUGGAGAGCCUUGAUCCUCCAGCAGGGGCCGGCUCCCUGGAUCUUCUCCUGGUACGGGCAUGGAUCCAUGCCUCCAUCCAGCUACCAGGAGCAUCGGAUCAGAUGCAAGAGCUUGGACGCCUCGUCAUGAAGCUCCCACAGGUGGUCAGCAUAAAAAAGAGUAUGGGAGUAGAUGAAAGCAUGAUGGAUGCAAGCCAGCCACCGGUUUUCAGGUUCUUCUACAUCCUUGGAAAAUAUUCCUCAUCAGCACAGACAUACCAAGAGAAAUUGAAACGUCGAAGUACAGCCCUGCAAUACUUGGGUGACUUAGUGGCACUGGUUCGGACUCAGGUCAGAGGUCAAAGGUCAAUAGAGGAGAUGAAUCGGAUGUAUGUUGUGGUGGGUCAUGCAGUCAAGUACUGUGGCAAUUUCCUCUAUUCACAGGGAUCAUCUCAGUCCCAAUUGCCUGGUUUACUGACUGAGCUCAUCCUAUUCCCUGGUGUGUUCAAUCUGAAGAAACCACUUCCAGCAAACCAACAUACAGCCAUCAGGGAAACACUGCAUCUGUUUGUUGAAGGAAUCGGUCUCCAUGAUGUUUCAAGAGAUUCUUACAUUCAAAGAAAGCUGAAAGAAAUCAUGUGUCAUUACUUCAUCAGAUACAAAGUGAAACUUUCUUCAUCUGGAUUUGGUGAAGGACUUCAUCCUCUUUUGAGAGCAUUGAGUAACACAUUCCGGGGUCAUGUGGAUCCAAAAGACAGCACACUGCGGAGGUAUAUGCUGAGUGAAUUCAAGGAUCGGUUCUUAUCUGGCAAUCCACAGCAAGUAGGUCCACACACUUCCCAAGCUAUUGCCUUCAUUCAGGAGCUGUUACAGAGGACUACAAGUAUGGCACAAAUAACGAGAGACACUGUAGUCCUGCUUAGUGCUGUAUUGGACUUCAUGUUGCUUUGUGAGUCAACAUCGGUCAAAGGUCAAAUGUCACAGAUUCUGACCCAGAUGAUGAACGCAUGCAAGGUUGAUACCCCGCCAGAACUUGAAGUGGAGCUGGUGAGUGUUGUAAGAAGCUUCUUGUCACGUCACAUUCAUCAUCAUCGUAAGGCAUCGUUGGGACGAUUGGAGUCCCUCGCUGUCUUGCAUCCAAAGCUAAUGAUUCGCCUCAUACCCGAUGCUACGAGACUGAUUGAGGAAUGUGAACAUCGCAGAGCGGUUGGAGUAGAUUCAGUACUCAGACAAGCUUAUCAUAAAGUCCUGAGCCAUCUUGGACCAGAAGGACAGAAAGAGAGCCUAAGAUUGCAGUCCCAGUCAAAGAUAGAUGAAAGCCUGGAUGUUAUCUGAGCCAUGCUACACCCACCUCUGUAGUUAGACCCUCCAGAUGAUGAGAGAUGUAGAGACCUGGAGGGUGUCUCUGAACGCUUCAUGAACACCUGUCUGCUGGCAACCGUCAGUGCUGACCGAGUUUGAGAUUGUUGAUUGGCUGAGAGUCACUGGCCGAGAAUGAUAUUAAUAACUUUCAUAAAAUGAUGCCGUGUGUCUGACUGUUACUAUGUGAACUGUUGGAUAAUAACGUCUUUUUCAGUGCUGAAAACUUUUGUGAAAAAGUCCCCUGUAUUUACCAGCCUGUAUCAUGAGCAGCUUCACGAAGGACAUCCUCAAGCAUAUUGCCUUUAAAGCGUCAUGCUUGCCCUGUAGAAUGCUACAGUUACACCUAGGAAACUGAAUCCAAAUUGACCAAUCAGAAAUAUAUUUUGAAUUUUGGUCAUUUAUUUCAUAUUGAAUAUUGUGUAUUGUGUAUGCUUGGAUGCAUACUACAGCAUUUUGUUUCUUGAUAAAUAUUAUCAAGAAACAAAAUGUACAUGAAUGUUGUAGAGAGAAGCCAAAAAUUAUUCAUCAUGCUAGUGGAUAUAUCAAAGCUUCAUUAUCAGAAUGUUGCAUGCUGGGUAAUUGCUGGGUAUUGAGGAUCCAGGAAAUUGAUCAACAUUGUGCUGCACUCAACCCAGGUGAAGUGAAUGGGUACUCGGUAGGAUUACUUCCUUGAAUGUACAGUGCUGAAAACAGCAGCUCAAGCUAAAAGUUCAAAAAUUUGAAAAUCCGGUUGGGAAUCCAUAAUUUGUUGUUUGAAGUAGAUAUCUGAAAUAUGAAUACUCUGAAAAUUCAUUUUGUCAAAUUGAUCAAGGGGCCCGGCAGCCUCUUUGCAGCGUCAGAUCAACGUUGCUCUAUCCCUAAAAUCGUUGAACAACGGGAUAAUGAUCAUAGUGAACCUCAAAAUAGAUUACUUCUCAAUAGAUGGCACUAUGUAAAUGCCUAUUAUUAGUAUUAUUUGAACUUUUAUCUUGGCUUUGUGUCGUCCAUGGUGGCUGUGGAAUAUUGGCUUACAAAGCUACAAAUGCACACUAAAGUCUGCACAGUACUUGUGUCAUUUGCCUAUUCUAACUAGAAUUCAUCCUAAAUUAAACUUGUGGGUGUUUAGUUAUUCAUAAGUUACAAAUGACUUUACACUUGACUGUUGUCCCUUCAGAUGCUAUAUGAUUUAGCACCUAAGAAGACGUUCCACUCAUUUAUAAAGUCAUGCAUAACAUCACAACAGCUGUAUGAAACACGUACCUGGGCACCGUCUUACAAAGAGUUAUGAUUGAUCCGAUCAAUCGCAAUUCAAUGGAAAUCCAGUAUUGUCAUACUGUUUUCUACAAAAAAUUUGAAAAAUGUCCUUUGUAAACAAAAAGAAGCACACUGAAUUUUCAAGAAAACCAUGGAUGUAUGAAUAUAUACAUCAUAUUUCGAAAAUAUUUUGAUCAACAUGCAUUUCAGAUGUUGAUGUUCCAUAGUUGUGGUUGAUUGAAUCAACCGCAACUUUUUGUAAGACGGAGCCCUGGGCCCCAUUGUAAAAAGAGUUCUGAUUGAUGCGAUCAACCUCAACUGUAUGGCAAUGUCAUAAUUUACAGGAAAUUUGCAUAGUGUUUUUGUAAACAAAAGAGAAGUACACAGAAUUUUCUACAAAAAAACAAACAAUGAAUGAAUGAAUUUGCAGCAUAUGUAGAAAAUAUUUUGAACCAACAUGCACUUUAGAUGUUGAUGUUGCUGGCUUUCCAUAGUUGUUGAUCGGAUCAUUCACAUCACUUUGUAAGACAGGGUCCUGGUGUCUAUCAGGGGCCGCGGAACCGGGGGGGGGGGGGGGCUGGGGGGGCUUCAGCCCCCCCACUUUUUUCCAAAACCGUGUACAAAAAUGUAAAAAUGACCAUAUGAUUGUGAUUUUUAGCAUGGUCAGCCCCCCCACUUUGAAAACCGUUCCGCGGCCCCUGUCUAUGGUCCUGAGAGGUUGCAAAGAGUGACAUCUUGGUUGGAUGUCAAUCAGAUGCUUGGAAUUUAAUACAAUCGUCAGUCAGCACGACUGACAAUACAGCAUCAUAAAUGCAUCUUCUGGGCUACAACCACAAGCCGGUAUCCAUUUUAAAGCAAUAUAUUGUGACAAUACAUGUAGGGCUUAUUUGACUUUUGAAAACCAUGCUUGAAUAGCUAUAGCGCAUCCACUUUAUAAGUACACACUCCCUCAUUAUUAAUGCAGUUUUAAUACAAAUAAUUGAGUUUUCCUCUGGGUAUGAAUUUUAGAUUUAAAAAAAUCAAAUUUUUUUAUUGAUAAAAUGUUUCUUCCUUUCUUAAUGCUGACAUAGAUAUGUUUUAUGUGCAAAAUGGAGAAAUUUGUUCAAAUGUGUCACAAACUGUUUCAUAUAAUUGCAAUAAAUCAUGGGAAGGCAUGGAGGGGAAAAAUCA